AUGACUUCCGGUGGUGACAGCCGCGAGGUGGAAGGGGAACUGGUGGGCGUGAAGAACAUCGUGGCUUCUGAGGAGUCUUUUGCAGCAAUCCGUUCUGAUGGAAGUGUAGUGACCUGGGGACAAGGCGGAGGACGGGAUCUAUCAGCAGUUCGUCAUCAGCUGCAUGGGAUUCAGUGGAUGGCGGCCACCGACGCGGCCUUUGCUGCGGCACGCAUGGAUGGUCGGGUGGUCACAUGGGGAUCGCCCGAAAGCGGAGGGGACAGCCUGGACGUCCAGCCACAUCUUCGGGAAGUGGUGCACAUCUGGUCCACUGCACGGGCCUUUGCAGCACUGCGACAAGACGGAAGCGUCGUGACUUGGGGUGCUGCUGAGUAUGGUGGUGAUUGUUGCCAUGUUCAAGCACAGCUUUGUGAUGUCUUGGAGGUUGCAGCUUCACACGCAGCCUUCGCUGCGCUCCGAGCGGAUGGCAAGGUCGUUUCCUGGGGCUCUGCCGCCGCUGGCGGGGACUCCAAAGAGGUGGAGGAGCAGCUGAUUGAGGUGCGCCAUCUGGCGGCCUCCAGCGGAGCCUUUGCGGCCCUGACUGCCGGGGGGCGCGUGGUGGCCUGGGGAAGUCCAGAAGCGGGCGGAGAUUGCACAGGCGUCCCGGAUGCACUUUAG